UUUAGUAAGAGCAACUUGUGUUUUCAAUAUUGACAGUGAUUAGAAUCAAGCAAACUAAUGGCUCAUCUUGUGCAUAUUUAUAAAUGUAAUUUAAAUUUAAAUUGUUGACUGUAAUGUGCCAGUGUCUACAAGUGCAUCCAAUUGAAUAAACUUGGACAUAACAUCAAAGCCAGUAAAACUUUACCAAACUCAAAGUUACCUUCAACACAUGAGUAAAGUUUAAUCACAGAAUCACAAAUUAGAUUUAUAUCAAAAUGUAUCAACAGUUGAUUGGAUUAACGUUGUUUAUUUCAAUGGCAACAGUAAAUUGUGUCGUCAACACAGUCCCUUGUGAUUUCAAUAAACUAUGCUCUUGUAGUGGUACAACAAGUCCCAUCAGGGAAGUUAAUUGCCUUGGACUUACAAUCAAUCGUAUUCCUAAAUUACCUGAUAAUAUUCACAUUUACCGUUUAAAUAUAGUCAACAGUCCUGAUGUUGAAUAUUUACUCAACAAUUCCCUUGGAUUAACCCUUGUCUCUUCAUUGGUAGUUAAACGAUGUGGACUGUUGACCAUUGAACCAAUGGCCUUUAAUGGAACCCAAUCAAGUUUAACAACUCUUGAUUUAAGUUACAAUCAGCUUAAUAAUGUACCUUCAUUACAAGGUUUAACCUCAUUACAAUGGUUAAGCCUUAAAUCAAAUAGAUUAACAAAUUUAAAUUUAAACCAAUGGAAACAUUUAUUUUCAUCUUCAUUAAAAGAGCUUCGUAAUUUAAUUAUUAGUGAUAAUUUGGUGACAACAAUUCCCGAUUUAAUAUUCAACUCAAUAACCAGUUUACAGUCACUUGAUUUGGACAACAAUCGGAUAGCAACAAUUGACGGUAAACCCUUUCCAUCUUCAUUAACAUCACUCUCAUUAGCCAACAAUUUACUUGAAAAGAUUCCAAGUGAACCUUUAUGGAGUCUUAAUAAAUUACGCUGGUUAAACCUUCGAGGUAACUUGAUUGCCAAUUUACCCAAUUAUUGGCCUUUAACUGUUCAAACAAUUGAACUAAUUGAUUUGUCACAUAAUCUGUUAACCAGUUUGUCUAAUCAGUUUGUUAUACCAUUGAGUAAACUAAAGUCAUCAACCUACAACAAGCGAGUCUCCAAGUUGUAUCCAAAGGUUGUUCAACACUUGCCUGAUGAUGAUUCCGAUGAUUUAAUACAAACCAAUGAAACUGCCAUUCAUAUUCGGGAAUUGUUGCUCGAUUUCAAUUCAAUUGCAACCAUUGACGAGUUAACCUUUAAAUGGGUAAUUAUUGAUCGAUUAUCUUUGGCAAAUAAUCAGCUCAACAAUUUGCCUGAAAAUUUAUUUGAAAAUAGUUUACUCUCAAAUAGAUUGAGAGUUUUUGAUGUCUCCUUUAAUCCAGCCAUUAGUUUGAUGGGUCAACCUUUAAAGGGUUUAACUCGACUUACCAAUUUACUGGUAAAGGGAGUUAAAUUGUCUUUCAUGGGUCAAUCUUUUUUUUCCAAUUCUUCAUCUGAACUUCAAAUGGUUGAUCUAUCUUGCAAUCAAUUGAAAUCUGUUCCAACUCAAGCUUUAUCGACAACUAGAAAGCUGAUACGAUUAAAUUUGGCCGACAAUGAGAUAAUUAAAUUAAAUGGUGAUUCAUUUGGUAAAUGGUCUGCUAAAUUGUUGUCCCUUUCAUUGUCCAAGAAUGGGUUACAAUUUAUUUCACCUGAUGCGUUUAAAAAUACAGUUAACCUGCGAGAGUUGAGGUUGGGUUUUAAUAAUUUAUUGACAACUUCAUCCACUUAUGGACAAUUUUUAAUCCCAUUGAGAUCAUCUUUAACCAUAUUAGAGUUGAGCUAUUCAAUUGGAAGUCAAUUAUUUUCAACUUUACGUUCAAUGGUUAAACUGGAGUUACUUGAAUUGGAUAACAAUCGAUUAAUUGAUCGUGACUCACUUGAUAACAUCAAAGAGUUGACAUCAUUGGUUCACAUUGAUCUGGAAGGGAAUCAGCUGAUGAGUUUGCCAAUUUCACUUUUUAACGGUUCCGUGCAUACAAAGUUGAGAAAUAUUGUCGUCUCUUCCAACAAAUUAGUCCAAAUUGGUGGUAAAACCUUCAAUUCCCUUGGACAAGUUGUCACAAUUGAUUUACGGGGUAACCAGCUGACUAAAUUGGAGGAAACCUCUUUUAAUAACCUGCCCAUGCUUCAGACGCUCAUCUUAGCCCGUAAUCAGCUUGGAUCUUUGGAUGAUCGACGGAUAAUUGUGAAUUGCUCUAAUCUGGUUAAUUUACAUUUACAAGAAAAUCAAUUGAAAUUUAUUGAUUUCUCUUCCUUUAGUGAUAUUAGACCAACUUCUUUGGCCGCCAAAAAUUUAAGCAACCCAUUUGGUAUUAAUUUGAACGUCUCUCACAACCAGCUCAGCCAUAUUUACGUGAGUGAACCCAAUUUUGAUUUGAUUGCUGAUUUCAAUGUUAAUGGAUGGGUCAAUGGAUCAGAGACAUUAAUAUCAACUACAACCUCAACGACAACCGUUAAACCAGGAAAAUUGGUGACUCCUUUACCAGUAACCACACCCACGUUACCGGAUAGUGCUGGUAAUAAUGCAACCAAUGAAACUGUACCAAACGAAGUCAAUAAUAACGAUGAUUUGAGCCAAGAAAUGAACAACAAUUUACCCGCUGAUCAACCUAUUGGAAUUAAGAGAAAGGUUGGAUUACCAAUUCGAUCUCUCGAUUUAAGCUAUAACCGUUUAACCGAGUUUAAUACAAAUAUUAGCAAAGCAAUUGGAGGCAACCUUGUAACUCUUAACCUUAACCAUAAUGGGUUAACCAGUUUUCCAGUUGAUUCGUUUCACCAUUUAACAUCAUUGAUGAGCCUUUCACUGAGCAAUAAUUUAAUCUCACAAUUACCUGAUCUUCAAUUAAAUCAAUCCUUUACACCAUCAACAUCACCUUUUACCUCUUCUUCUUCAAGCAACCAUUCUUGCUGUGAGAAUCUCAUCUUUUUGGAUCUUUCGUAUAACAAUAUUACCAAUAUUGUUCCAUUUGGUCGAAUUUUCUCAUCCAUGGUUAACUUGAUGAUACUUGAUCUCAGUUAUAAUGCCAUCAACAUUAUUCAUCCUACCAUCUUUAAUGGUACCAAAGUCUCCAAACUUAACCUUAAAGGCAAUCAUCUUUCAUCUUUAACCCUUCUUAAACCAUCAUCUUUACCAUCUACUUCCUCUGCUCGUAAGCAUAAUCAUCCUUCACACCAUCAUCAUCACCAUCAUCAUAAUCAUAAUCAUCACCAUCAUCAACAGCAUACUCAUAAUGAUCAUCAAGAUACACCUGAAUACUCACCUGGACAAUUGAUAAUGGACAUGAAUUGGCCAUGUUUUGGAAUAUCUUCAACCUUAGUUCACCUCGAUUUGUCUGACAAUCAUUUCUAUUCAAUCCCUAGUGAGAUCUAUUCCUGUCAACAUUUAAUUCAUCUUAAUUUACAAUCAAACCAUUUACAUCAAUUCCAUGAAAGCCUCGUAUUUUUAUCCACAUUACCCAAACUCAGACAUUUGGAUCUCUCAUACAACCCAAUAAAUGGAGAUUUUACCAGUUAUAAUAGGAAACAAUUAAGUUUAUCAACAGGAGGAAACAAAAGAGAAACCAUUACAUUUUCAGCUCUUCAAUAUUUACAUGUUCAAAAUUGCUCUCUUCCAACCAUUCCAGCCAUCAAAUCAACUCAUUUGAUUUACCUUGAUGUUUCUCAUAAUGUUUUAUACAACAUUUCAUCCUCAAUAUUAUCUGAUAUACCCAAUUUACUUCAUCUUAAUUUAUCUUUCAAUGAAUUACCAGUUGUACCUGAGGAAUUGGGACUCCUGAGAUCCUUGAUUACCCUUAGUUUAUCCGGUAAUCCCAUUUCUAAUCUUGAUUCAUCAUCUUUCACACCAUUUAAACAGCUCAAAACAAUUGAUAUACGAAGUUUAUCCCUUCGUUAUAUCGAUAUUAGGAUGUUCAAUAGUCUCAAAUAUUUAACUGAUCUUGCAACCUCAACUUAUCCUCGAGUCAGAUCAUUUAGAUUGGCCGAUUUAUUGACUAAAUCAUUGUCACUGAGAAGUGCUUUGAUCCAAGUUGAAGAACCCAUUUUAUCACAUCAAAUUCAAUGGGCUUUCGGAUCUAAAUUGCGUCAACUUAUCAUUACUGGACAUCAACUGAAGAAAAUACUUCCUGAUGCAUUUCUUGGACUUCACCAUCGACCUGAUAUGGUAUUGAGAAUCGUUGAUACAAAUAUAUCUGUCCUUCCAACUGGGUUACUUCGAUAUCUUAAUGAUAUUCGUCAUAUAACCAUUGAUUUACGGCGAAAUCAGCUAACACAGUUUAAUCUGGACAUUUUACAGCCAAUUGAAGCAACUAAAAGUUCAUUUCCAUUUCAUGUUCCUUUCUCAUCAAAUGGCAUAACAUUAUCAGGUGGUUUGCUAUUGGAAGAUAAUCCUUUAAUCUGUUCCUGUGAUAUAACCUGGUUAGGUUCUUGGCUUCGUAAAUGGCUGAAAGAGACUCGUAAAAUUCACCUUUUAAAUCAUGAAACUUUUUUAUCGACUGAAUCAAAAGCUCGCCUAAUGACCUGUAAAUAUCCAACCAAAUCAAUAAUGAACCGGAAUAUCUCAAUAAUUUCAAUCGAUUUAAGGCCAAAGGCUAACUUGCCCAGUAUUCCUUUACUCGAUCUUUACCCUCAAGACAUUGGAUGCAAUUGCUGUUCAACCAAUUUAUCAUUAGCUCAACUGUUUCUAUUACAAUACAGUGUUUACUUAUUUAUGGUUGGACUUAGCUGAGUUGGCUACAGUUGAUUAUCAAAAGCAAUCCUUAGGAAAACAAUCAACCAUCACUGUUAAAAAAUGGCAAACACAAGAUGAACUCACAGCUAAAAUAACUCAUUUCCCUCUUUUUAUCCUCCUUCAACUCAUCAUCCAAAUUUAUCAUGUUUGUCUGCGAAAAUUGAAACCAUUUGAUUACCUCAAUCAUUUCUCUUGCAAUUGUUUCCAAUGGAAAGCUGAUAUUCAUUGAAAUAUACAUUGUACCGAAAUAUAAUCUGCUGAAACCAACAGAAUCCAAAUUUUCCCCGGAGGCUGAAUAGUUAAAGAAAGGAGCCAGAUUUUGUAUCAAAAUUUUGUGCCUCUUUGUUGCUGUUGCUCCUUAAAACUAAUGCACAAUUGUACUUCUGUUUGCAAAUUAGUUUUGAUUCUCAUUUUUGUUUCACCUUUAACCUCAUCUUGUGCAAGCUAAAACUAAAGCUCACUCGUCCCAAGUUGGCCCUUGAAGAAGCUCAUCAUGAUAGGAUGAACUAUAAACAGAGUCAAGCCUGAAGACCUUCAAUCAUGGUAGAGAUGAAGAUGGAUACAUUGAUGUUCAUAGAUGAUGAUAGAUCUCAUCUUUUCCAGACAUUGGCUUUUACUUACUCUCAAAGGAAAUCUUUUGCUUUCUCUCUUCUCGAGCUAUUUCCAGCUUCAAGCAAUAUAAUGUCUUCUAUCAUUUGAUUUAUUGUAUUAUAUAACAUCACAUAUCAAAACCUUUCAACCUUUUUCUUCCCUUUCCCUUAUUUCCUUGUUGUGGCCACAAACUUCUUACCUUUACUUUACCCAUCUUCAUCCUAAUGUAUAUUAUUUUACCUUAUUAUCCAUUUUUCUUUGUAAACCCUAAAGGCUUCUUGUUUAUCAUAUUGUUAAUACCUUAAUCAGAAAUGAUUUCCAAGAAAAAAAAUGAUGACUUGUUAAUGACAAUUUACCUCUCA